UCGGCAUCUUCAUUGCCCCUCCAUUGCGCCUUCACGUACAUGUAGCACCAACUUGUUCUAUUCGCCAAAGUGAAUGCCCAGCGUCACGUCGCGGCUAUUUCUCUGUCGCAUACCUUAAGGAACAUGCGGGGUCUUGUGUCCGGCGUGCUUUCUCCAUGUAAUCGCAACGCUGGUUUGUGACUAAGACGGCCAAUUUACUCAACUACAUUCGGAACUAGACAUAUCGCCCGUCUGAAUCGUACCAAGAACAACAACACAAUGGCUUCACAACUAGUAUCACUGCCCGAGGUCGAGCGCCUCAGCCCAGCCUGCAUUCGCAUCCUGGGAGGGAACCCUGGAAAGUUUACGCUGCAGGGCACCAACACGUAUCUCGUCGGCACAGGCAGCCGCCGUAUACUCAUUGACACAGGCGAGGGCAAGCCAUCGUGGAUCGCCGCGGUCAAGUCAAUCCUCGAGCAGGAAAAGGCGACGGUGGAGAAGGUGCUGAUCACUCACUGGCAUCAUGAUCACACGGGCGGCAUCCAGCAGCUGCUAGAGCUGUCCCCGAGCUCCGAGGUCUUCAAGAACCAACCCGAGCAGGGCCAGUCAGACAUUUCGGACGGCCAAAAGUUUUCCGUCGACGGGGUCAGCCUUACCGCUGUCUUCACCCCGGGGCAUACCGUCGACCACAUGGCCUUCGUCUUGGAAGAGGAAGACGCUAUGUUCACGGCGGAUAAUGUCUUGGGCCAGGGUACCGCAGUAUUCGAAGACUUGACCGUUUACCUCAACAGCCUCGAGAGAAUGCAGAGCCUGUUCAAGGGAAGGGCGUAUCCGGGUCACGGGCCCGUGAUUGACAACGGCCCGUCCAAGAUUCAAGACUACAUCAACCACAGGAAGGCUCGAGAGGAGCAAGUUAUCCGUACCCUGAGGACGGCGAGGCAAGGCUCUAAUAUCGAGGGCGAUCCCUAUGCCUGGACGGUCAUGGAACUUGUCAAGGUCAUUUACGCUGACGUUCCUGAGGAGCUGCAUAUCCCGGCGAGCGGUGGAGUCAUACAGAUCUUGGGAAAGCUCGAAAAGGAAAACAAGGUGGUCCAGAGUGAUGAGAGAUGGAAGUUGAAAGAUCGAUCUGCGUUAUGAUUCGCCCAGAUGGUAAACCGGGGCAGAGGUCAUGGCGGACCUUGGCCGGAGCCUCGGAUCCGAAGACGGUAGAUUUGACGCCGUGAUAUGUCACGCUUAAGUAGGAGGAAAGUGGGGAUGGACCUCACGGCUUUGAGGACUAGGUACGCAUAUCAUAGAAACCAGAUGAUCCCGCAGUGAGGGUAUGAGUGCGUUGAGAAUCUAGUACAAUACAAAAGCAUCGAAUUUUUA